AUGCUCUUAGGAGUUUUACCCAUUCCCUUUCUCUUUGUGGUUCAAAUUGAUGUAGAGCAUAUUCUCAUAUCCGCCAAAAUUCUCAAAAUCCCCCCGCUUCCAUUCGUGUCUUCACCUGCAAUUCUGCAAAUGUCGACGUCGAACCCAUCUUCUUCGUGGAUUUCCCAAUUCAAACCGGGCGACCGGGUCGAGGUCAGCUCCGACGACCCCGGGUUCCGCGGCUCCUGGUUCGCCGGCACCGUCAUCCGCCGCGAGGCGAAGAACCCUAAUCGCUACGUAGUCGAGUACGACCAGCUCUACGAGGACGAAUCUGGGGAGAAGCUGCUGCAAGAAACCCUCGAUUGGAUCCAAUUGCGUCCUCCGCCGCCGCCUCCCGAGAAGAAGAAGGUCCAGUUCAAGUUCGGCGACGAAGUGGAGGCCUUCCACAGCGACGGCUGGUGGGAAGGGGCUAUUACUGCGGAGCACUCUGGCGGGAAAUUCGCGGUGUUCCUCAGAGGCUCAAAGGAGCAGAUUGUGUUUGAAGAGAAAGAUUUGAGGUUGCCUGUUCAGUGGGUUAAAGGGAAGUGGGAGCCGCGAUUCGAACAGGUUGAGCGGGAGAAAGAGGUGAUGAAGUUCACUCAAGGAAUGCAAGUCGAGGUGAAAACUGACGAGGACGGUCUCAAAGGUGCUUGGUUUGCUGCAACAAUUAUUGAACCUUCUGGUGAAGACGAGUACCUUAUUGAGUACAAAACCCUGACGAAUGAUGAUGAUACUGAGUUUCUCAGAGAAGACAUUCGUGCUUGCAACAUAAGGCCUUGUCCGCCGGAGAUCAUUGUUGUGGAUGGAUUCAAGGUGAUGGAUGAAGUGAAUGCUUACUACAACGAGGGCUGGUGGGUUGGCGUGAUUGCAAAGUGUAACAAGCAUUAA